CCAAGUUUGUCUUUCUCGCUCACGUCUCUUCUUCUCUCGCGAACAACAAAAAAAUUUGAUUGUUUCUCUCCGCCAUCUUUCUUUCUCCCCGCAGCACGCAAGGGAACAAAACGACGUUAUAAGAGUGAUAGGGUCGGUGAACCCUUCCCACUGGUAUCUUUUCAAAUGGGAAAAUCAUGGAUUUCCAAGCUACAAAAUACAAAUGAAUACAAAAUUUGUUUGAGCAGAUUCUUAGAUUUUGGUUUUAAGAACAGAGCUGCUGGAUUCAUCAAAAUGGGUGAUGUUAUGGGUUCUGAUUUGAUCAGUGAUCUUCCUCAAAACAUUAUAGAAAGCAUUCUGAUACAACUUCCUAUAAGAGAUGCUGUGAGAACAAGCAUUUUGUCACGCAAAUGGAGGUACAAAUGGUCUUCCAUCACUCAGCUUAUGUUUGAUGAAAAAUGUGUCCCUGACUGUUAUGAUCGAGAAGUUCUUCAGGAAAGUGUUGUCAAGUUUAUCUCGACACUGCUAUUUCUUCACCAAGGGCCAGUUCAUAAGUUCCAAAUUACGCAUUUAAGCAUGCAAAGCUGCCCUGAAAUAGAUCAGUGGAUUCUUUUCCUUUCGAGAAAUGAUAUUAAAGAAUUGAUUCUUGAAUUAGGAGGUGGUGAAUUUUAUAGAAUGCCUUCUUGCCUUUUCAGUUGUCAGAAAUUGACUCUAUUGGAGCUCACGUGCUGUGAGUUGGAUCUGCCUCAUAAUUUUAAGGGAUUUUCAUAUUUAAAGAGCGUCACUUUUCUUCGUGUUUUCAUCUCCCCUGAAGCAAUUGAGAGUCUCAUUUCAAGUUGCCCUCUGUUGGAGAAUUUAUCACUUAGGCAUUGUGAUUGUUUAUCUCUUACUAUCCGUGCACCGAGCCUCAAGUACUUGUGUCUCCAAGGUGAAUUCAAGGAAAUUUUUCUAGUAGAUAUGCCGCUUUUGGUUGAAAUUGUUGUUGCUAUGUGUAUGUUUGACAAUGUUACCGAGCAUAUUGAACAAAGAACAAGUUGCAAUUUUGUCAAAUUUCUUGGUGGUGUGCCUAAUCUUGAGAGACUUGAUGGCCUUGUUGACUUCACAAAGUAUUUGAGCAUAGGUAAUGAUCUAGGAAAUCUUUCAAUGAUUUAUAACAAUUUGGAGACUAUCAAAAUGCAUCUAGUAAGUUUUGAGGAUAUGAAAGAGAUACGUGUCGUCCUUCGGUUGAUUACAAGCUCUCCUAAUCUAAAGGAACUUCACAUUUCAGGUUCAUCAAUCAUCCCUACUUCCAUACAUACUGCAGAUUUGGAAUUUUGGGAAAAAGAAUGCCCUUCAGAUUAUAUACUUGGCCAGCUUAAAGUUGUAAAGUUGACAGAAAUGAGUGGUUGGCCACAUGAAAUCGAAUUUAUCAAAUAUUUGCUUGGCUGUUCUCCUGUUCUUGAGACAAUGAGUAUCAUUCCUUGUAUAUAUAAUAUGAAAUAUCAUUUGGAAAAGUUGGUCGAAUUGAUGAAAUUUCGAAGAGCUUCUACAAUAGCAGAAAUUUAUUUCAGCCGCCCUGAAUAAAUGUUGCUCUAAAUUCGUGUUCCUCAGCUGUUCGAAAUAUAAUCUCCAAAUUCACACAGCUUUCUAUUUCUUCUUUGAAAAAUAAAUUGAUGACUCAUUGCAGGUGUGCCGAGCCCAAAGCGUGCUUUUAUUUUCUGCCAACAAAGAGGUGUCUAAGUUAAUAAUUAGUUGUUACGUUGCUAUUUUUUUCCUUCACUUGGAUUUGAACCAGGGUCCUCCACUUCCUUAACACUUAGAAGUGAACCAGUUGAGCACCCCGUCUUAGUUACAUAUUGAGUAUGAGAUGUUUGAUAAAGCAUUUAAGUUGUUUGGUUCUUUCCCCUUCAUACUUGAUAUCAAAAGUAAAUUAAGCACAGUUACAACUCAACCAGCGAAACAAAUCCCAAAAUGAUAUCAACAGUUUUGAGUACAAUCUAUUUUAUGAACAUUAUUCCAACAAGCCGAAGGAUCCAAAAUGAACAUUUCCCAUAAAAAUCUUCCUCCCAUAGUU